AUGCCCAACACAUGGCGUUGUGCUGUGCGCAACCAUUGGAAGAGAAAGAGCUGUGGCGUUGGAAAUGAGCCACAGAAAGAACGGGAGAUAAGUCGUCGAAAGAGUAGGAGAGAGAGGAUAGAGAGAACAGCCAUGGUUGAAUUGAAGCAGAAAAUCAUCAACUCUCUAUCUAAACUUUCAGGCCGCGACACCCACCAAUUAGUUGUGGAGGACCUUGAAAAAAAAAUUAUAAAUUCACUAUCAAAUGACGGUGUUUCGAUGCUCCUCAACUGCCUCUAUGACGCUGGCAAUGAUUCGAAACCCGCCGUGAAGAAGGAGAGCCUCCGUCUCCUUGCUGUUCUCUGA